AUCACGUGACAGGCCCGGCGGCGGCGGCAGCGGCGGCGGCGGCCGCGGCGUCUUUAGCGGCCCCCAGUGCAGGAUGGUGCUGGAGGCGGCGGCGGCGGCCGUGGUGGCGGCGGCGUUGUUGGCGGCAGCGGGCGGGGGUGCUGUGGCGGCAGCGGCGGCGGCGCCCGCGGGUGGUAUAAAAUGGCGGAUUUCGAGGAGUUGAGGAAUAUGGUAUCUAGUUUUAGGGUUUCUGAACUCCAAGUGUUACUAGGCUUUGCCGGACGGAAUAAAAGUGGACGUAAGCAUGACCUCCUGAUGAGGGCGUUGCAUUUGUUGAAGAGUGGCUGCAGCCCUGCGGUUCAGAUUAAAAUCCGAGAAUUGUAUAGACGCCGAUACCCGCGGACUCUCGAAGGCCUUUCUGAUUUAUCCGCAAUCAAAUCACCGGUUUUCAGUUUGGAUGGUGGCUCCUCACCUGUAGAGCCUGACUUGGCUGUGGCUGGGAUCCACGCGUUGCCUUCCACUUCAGUCACACCUCACUCCCCGUCCUCUCCUGUUGGUUCUGUGCUGCUUCAAGAUACUAAACCCGCGUUUGAGAUGCAGCAGCCAUCUCCCCCAAUCCCUCCUGUCCAUCCUGAUGUGCAGUUAAAAAACUUACCCUUUUACGAUGUCCUUGAUGUUCUCAUCAAGCCCACGAGUUUAGUUCAAAGCAGUAUUCAGCGGUUUCAAGAGAAGUUUUUUAUUUUUGCUCUGACACCUCAGCAAGUUAGAGAGAUAUGCAUAUCCAGGGAUUUUUUGCCAGGUGGUAGGAGAGAUUAUACAGUACAAGUUCAGCUGAGACUUUGCCUGGCAGAGACAAGUUGCCCUCAAGAAGAUAACUAUCCCAAUAGUCUGUGUAUAAAAGUAAAUGGGAAGCUGUUUCCUUUGCCUGGCUAUGCACCACCACCUAAAAAUGGGAUUGAACAGAAGCGCCCUGGACGCCCUUUGAAUAUUACAUCUUUAGUUAGGUUAUCCUCAGCUGUGCCAAACCAGAUUUCCAUUUCUUGGGCAUCAGAAAUUGGAAAGAAUUACUCCAUGUCUGUAUAUCUUGUACGACAGCUCACAUCAGCCAUGUUAUUACAGAGAUUAAAAAUGAAAGGUAUUAGAAACCCUGAUCAUUCCAGAGCACUAAUUAAAGAAAAACUUACUGCGGAUCCUGACAGUGAGAUUGCUACCACUAGCCUUCGGGUGUCCUUGAUGUGCCCUUUAGGGAAAAUGAGGCUGACAAUCCCAUGCCGUGCUGUGACUUGUACACACCUACAGUGUUUUGAUGCUGCCCUUUAUCUGCAAAUGAAUGAGAAGAAACCCACCUGGAUUUGUCCUGUGUGUGACAAAAAAGCUGCCUAUGAAAGUCUAAUUUUAGAUGGGCUUUUUAUGGAAAUUCUCAAUGACUGUACUGAUGUGGACGAGAUCAAAUUCCAAGAAGAUGGUUCUUGGUGUCCAAUGAGACCGAAGAAAGAAGCUAUGAAAGUAUCCAGCCAACCAUGUCCAAAAAUAGAAACUGCAGCUGUCCUCAGUAAGCCUUGUGCAGUGACUGUAGCCAAUGAGGCAAGCAAGAAGAAAGUGGAUGUCAUUGACCUAACAGUAGAAAGCUCUUCUGAUGAAGAGGAAGGCCCUCCUGCCAAAAGGAAAUGCAUCUUUAUGUCAGAAACACAAAGCAGCCCAACCAAAGGGGUUCUCAUGUAUCAGCCAUCUUCUGUAAGGGUGCCCAGUGUGACUUCGGUUGAUCCAGCUGCUAUUCCGCCUUCAUUAACAGACUACUCAGUACCAUUCCACCACACGCCAAUCUCAAGCAUGUCCUCAGAUCUGCCAGGUUUGGAUUUUCUUUCCCUUAUUCCAGUUGAUCCCCAGGCUCCAUUUUGGCCUUUCUGAGUUCCCCAAAGCCAGUAGGAUCUUCUGAGCCAAAGGCAGUCCAACUCAAACUGGAAAAGUGGUAAGGCUAAAGCAACAACAAAAGCAGAGCUAAGCUUUGCUUUUUCAUUUUUUUUCGUGUGUGUUUCCCACCCCAUCUUGGUGUUCUCAGGGUAGCUCUAGGAAAAGAAAAAGCAGAUUGCUGUCUUCAUUUGCUCAAGGUAUUACUUUCUUGAUUGGCAUACCAUGUUGUUUCCUGAACUGUUUCUUUUUGAAUGGAUUUUAAAGCUGCUUUUAUGUUUUCAUAGCUCAAAUCUUUUACAUGAAGAGUGUUGUGUUAUAAAAUAUCCCACUUAUUUUGGCCUUCACAAACCAUUCAACAAGAUUUCGCUGUGUUUUGAAAGUGUAUGUGGACUAGACUGGUAUAACAGAUCUGGUCCCAUUGUUCAAAGGGCUUACAACAAGUUUUCAAAAAUCAGGAAUUCUUAGCUACUAAGAGAUGUGCUAAGAAACUUAGAAAAUGUCACAUUCCUUACUGCAGUCUUUCAAAGGAAAGUAGUGUUGUCUUUAUGUUGCAAAUGAAGAAACAAAUUUUGCAGUUGGACUUGGGUGUCUGAAACAGACCUAUUAAUUCAAAAGCCUUAUGACUCAACUGAAGUGACACUAAUUAGGUAGGCUAUUUGGGAGACUGGCGUGGUAAUCUAGACAUAAAAUGACGAGAACUGAUUUCAGGUGAUGGCUGCAGGAAUAAGGAAGGAGUGGAUGAUGGAGCCAUUUCAAAGGAAGACUCAAGAUUUUAAGUGGAUGUAGGAAUAAGAGCUGAGUCCAUUUCUCAAGGUAGAAUGGACAAUAGUCAUUAAGGGGAGACAAUGGUGAGUUUGAUGAUUAAGAUGAGAUUUCAGAAAGGCAGUUUUCAAGAAGCUUAUUUUUGUUGUGCAGCCUUAAGAAGUGCAAGCUGCUCUGCCUCCAUUUUUACUCUCACUUGUCUCCCUUCUGUAUGUGUCCUGGUCUCUCCCAGUUGCCUCCCCCUCUUGCGCUUGUGCAUGCCCAGUCGCUCAGUCAUGACCGACUCUUUGCUCCCGUUGGACUGUAGCCCGUGUCACCUGCGUCACAGGUGGAGUCUUUACCUGCUGAGCCGCGGGGAAGCCCCCUGUCCACCCUCUCUUCUCCCUUAAACGCGCUUGGCUGCAAGUUGAUGUUUUUUUUGAAUUUGCACUUAACUGCCUUGUCAUAACGAAUUUGGCUGUCUCCUAAAGGCCUGCCAUAGCCUGCAGCUCUCACCAGUGUGGGCUGUGUCCACAUUCCACCUAUCUCAGGAGGUGGUGGUGGCUGCCCUUCCUCUGUCCUGUAAUUUCUAAAUAAUUUCCCAAGGCUUCUGACAAAAAUCUGCCCUUUUGUUGCCCGUGUCAAGAAGUUGUACUGUCAGUUACCUCUGCUCCUACCAUCGAUCAUUCCCAUUGAUUUGCUGAAGGCCUCACUUCCUAACAGUGUACUUGGCCAUCUCUGAUUCUGUCGUAUUCUCAGUGACUUCAUGUUCUGACAGAUGAUCCAUCCAACACUGGCUGGUGAGAUUUUUGGUUAUCUUGCCUUCAACAUUUUCUUCCAUUGAAACUCCCUAUUUAACCCUCUCUAUUUUCUUUGUACUUAUCCAACUUCAUUAUCACAUCCUUCAGCAUGUCCUCAGACCCCUUUCUCAGUCACCUACCAGUCCUUUGACUUGACACUGCAUGGUUCUUUCCCCAUUCUCAUCAAUUAAUGCAAAUAUUCCUUUUUUCUUUUUUAAUUGAAGUAUAGUUGAUGUACAAAAUUAUGUUAAGUUUAGAUGGACUACAUGAUUUGAUGUUUGCAUGUAUUAUGAUCGCCGUGAUAAGUGUAGUAACCAUUUGUUUCCAUAUGAAGUUAUAGUAAUGUAUUAUGCUGUAUGUUUUCAUUCCUGUGGCUUAUUUUAUAACUGGAGGUUUAUGUGUCUUAAUUACCUUUACCCAUUUCUUCUCCUCUCCAGCCCCUCCCUCCUGGCAACCACCCAUUUAUUCUCUGUAUGAGUAUUUUCAUUUCAUUUGAUUAGAUUCCACAUAGGAGCAAGAUUAUAUGAUAUUUGUCUUUCUCUGGUUUAUCUCACCUAGCAUAAUACCCUCUAGAUCCAUGCAUGUUGUUGGAAAUGGCAAGAUUUCUUUUUUGUUGUUAAUGGCUGUGUUAUGUAUGUAUGCACUUUACCCAUUCAUCUGUGGGCACUUAGGUGCUUCCAUAUACAUUGGCUAUUGUAAAAUAAUGUUGCAGUGAGUAUUGAUGUGCAUAUAUCUCUUUGAAGUCACUUGACUUACAAUACCCAGAAGUGGAAUUGCCAGAUCAUAUGGUAAUUCUACUUCUUAAUUUUUUGAGAAUCCCUCAUACUCUUUUCCAUUCUAGCUGCACCAGUUUACUCCAGCCAGCAGUGCACAAGGGUUUCCUUUUUUCCACAUCCUCGCUAACACUGACUUCUUGUCUUUUGUGUGUGUGUUUGAUGACAGCCUACCACUCCUGUUCAGAACACACAUUUCUUAGCAGGUGAUCUUGUUUCCAAAUUCAAUCAGAAGAUUCAGGACUUCAGCAUGAUUUCUUUUCCUCCGUGCUUACCUUCAUCUUUUAUUCCAGCCUCAGAGAAUGAGUUGGGCCAAAGGCCAGUUCAACCUUGUGAACCUUCGACUCCUAUGUCCUCUGUUGUCCUCAGGACCUUCCUCCAUGAGAAUUUCCCUCUAUCCUCUAUGUCUUCCACCUUUUGGCUGCCGCUUUUGGCUUAUAAAAGUCUCAUAUCAUUAAAUAUUUGAGAGGCUAUUAUAUGCCAGUAUAUAUAGAGACUUACCUUCACCAAAGUUGUCACCCAGUAGAUGGGGCUUCCCUGGUGGCUCAGAUGAUAAAAGAAUCCACCUGCAGUGCAGGAGACCUGGGUUCAAUCCCUGAGUUGGAAAGAUCCCCUGGAGAAGGGAGUGUCUACCCACUCCAGUAUUCUGGCCUGGAGAAUUCCAUGGACUGUAUAGUCCAUGGGGUCACAGAGUCAGACACGACUGAGCGGGUAAUACUAACUAACUAAAGCCAUAUAGAUAAGUGAAUAGGGAGAUCAUAGUGCAGUGGUUAAAGGUGGAGUCAGGGUGCUACAGGAGCACACAGAUAGAGAGAUGGCUGAAAAUGUCCAAAAUAGCCAGAAGUUUGCUAAGGAUUGUUAAGAGAACUAUGUUAGAAAUCAUGAAAAACCUUGUAAAAUAGCAAUAGCAAGAAGUUAUUGAAGAUUUUUCAUGGUGAUUCAUAAUAAGGAGCAUUGGUCAAGUUUUAUGUGAUAAUUUCCAUUCUACAAAUGUGGAAACAGAUUCUGAGAGGGUAAGUGACUUGUAGCAUAUAAGCAGGGAGUCAGACUUCAUGUGCAGUUUUUAACCAUCUUCUCAUAGAAGCCGUCCUUGACUAUUCUAUCUAAAAAGUGUUUCCUAAAUAUCCUAACCAUAUCACUGUUUGUAUCCCUUGUGGCAGAUAGCACAACCUGUGUUUAUUUUAUGUUUUAGUUCACUGUGUAUUUGUUUCCUCUGCUAGAUUGUAAGCUCCAUGAGGGCAGGGGUGAUAUUUCAAUUGCAUCCCAGAGCCAAACACCGUGUGGCAUAUAGUAGGUGCUCAAUAAAUGCUUGUGAAUGAAGAAA